CAGAGCAUGUAAGCCCACGUAUCUACUGGAAACCUUAUCGGUUCUCUCACCCGCAGACAAGUGAGAAUUUGAGCGGCUUCUCACUUUCUCUGUAUCGGAGACAGUAAUCGUGUGAUCGAUAGUCUGUGAUAGUAAAUUUCAAUACAAUAAUGGGGAGGGCGAAGAGGGAGUUGAUGUCGUCGGCACCGUGGAGGGGCGAAGAGGAGGCUGCCGAGGAGUUUCGGGACGCAAAGCUCAAAGUCACGAAGCAGCCUGGAGCCGAACCGGUGAUGCACGUCCCUCGAAGAAAGAACGACAAGUCCAAACGCCACGACCUUGAAGAUGAUGAUUCCCUUGUCGAGAUUGACCCCCAGCUCCGCUACAGCUUUCAGCGUAAUUAUCAGUUUCUUCAACGGGUAUUCAGCAUUGACACCGUUGUGAAACCUCUUCCACCUGCCAUGGCCUAUAAUAUCUCCCGCAACUUGAGCUUCUUCACGCGCAUUUUCACGCAGUUCUUUGAUCCAGAAGGCAUUGAAAAAGCCCAGAAAUCACUUGGGAUAGGACAGGAAGAAAAAGCUCGCCGUGUUCGAUGAAGAGGGGGGGGAGUCAAGCAAGGCAGUUGAGGGCAUGUAGUUUAACUCAUGGUUUCUGACAGUGUCAAUAAUUGUUUUACAAAUAAAAAUGGAUGAUGUGAUUUUACAGGACGAAUUGUAAUUUGAUAAUCAUAGACUGGAAAAUUUUGAUUUGUUAUGUGGUAAUGGUGUAGUGGAAUAGUCGAUUAUGUGAUUUCAUUUGAGCCAAGGCUUAACGCAUCGAAAAUUAUAGUA